GUCUCCAAGCCCAAAUACCUGACGCUGAGGAGAGCCGAUUGGAAGGAAGCUCUCUCUCCAUCCAGUGUCCUUACACAGAACGGACUUACUACAGCGAUCCCAAAGCCUGGUGCCGCUUGAGACAUGGAAAAUGUGAGCCCUUAGUAGAGACAACCUACUCACCAUCACACCCAAACACAAACUCGGCCAAGAAUGGGAAAGUUACAAUAGUGGACGAUGCCAUUCAUAAGACCGUGUCCAUCACCAUGACCAACCUGCAGGCAGAGGACUUGGGCACUUACUUCUGUGCUUACUAUUCCAACGGUUAUGGGUAUUUCACACUGAAGAUGAUCUCACUGAAUGUUUUCAAGA